UGAAUUCCAACAAAUCUCUACUGAACAUGCAUGAACUCAGAUUUUCAGAGGCUCAUAACUUGGCCAAAACUUAGGUGGACUUUCACAAGGAUGAUAAAAGGCACAUUCUUGACACCAGGGCAACUCCCCUGCUAGAUGUCAAGUUUGUGCUCUAAAGCAUGGAGGAGCUAGAGAUUCUUAGUGAAAUAGUUGUAAGAAUUCUUAACAACAAAACAAAACAUAUUUCCUAACCUCAUUCUGAGAAAUGGCUGAAGAACUUAGCUGUAACUCUGUUUAAAUAAAUAAAUAAAUAAAUAAAUAAAAUAAAAUAAAACUGCUUAGCCUGAGGCAGACACCUAGCAUGGGAAAUUUCAACCCAAGCAGUUUGGUAAAGCUAAGCAACUGAAAACUAGGUUGUCUAAUGUAAAUUGUCAGACAGCCUUACCUAUAGGGAUCUUUAUUAGCACAGCCUAUAAUAAUAAUAUGUGUUUGAUGCAAUAUUGAGUUGUGCGUUUUUAGCACUCUAGGUUAUAAAGUUUAGAGAGAGAGGUUUACAGGGAAUAAGCUCUGCUAUUAUUGACAGUCCACGUACUAACCUGAAUUUUUUAUAAAAGUGGCAAAUCUAGAGCUGGAUGUUAGAUAACCAGCUCUGUUAGUAUAAUUUCAAGGGCUUGUCAGAGAAAGAUAAGCUUCUCUUAUUGCAAAGCUUAUUCUGCAUUAGUGGAAUUAGCUUCCUCAGCUUCAGAGGGACUUGGGGGGGUGGGGUUUGUUUUGGUUUUUUGUUCCAGAUUUCUUCCUCCCCACUCUUCCACCCCCAGUGGAGAAGUGUUGACAACUGUGUCUCCAACACUGUAAAAGCAUGGAGAGAAAGUACCCAUCUAAAGAGAGCCCCAGAAGGCUAUUAACCAAACUGGGCAAUGUGAUGGACAUGAAGAGAUUGACGCAUCAGUUCAGCAUGGCAGCUGAAUCUGACAAGGAAUCUGGAUUCUCAGAGAAUAUGCUGAAUGCAUUGUGUUGGAACACAGAGGAUGGGCCUUGGCAGUACUCACUGGCCACAAGCAAUUCCUUCCCAGCACUUUCUCCUGUGGUCAUAAUGAAAAAUGUACUGGUCAAACAGGGAAGCAGUUCAUCGCAGCUUCAGUCUUGGACUGUUCAGCCAUCUUUUGAAGUGAUUCCAGGUCAGCCACAGCUAGUGUUUCUUCAUCCAGCCAUCUCCCCUCCCAUUAACCCUCACCUUUUUGGUGAAAAGAGAAGUGACUCUACUAAUUACCUGCCCAUCCUGAACUCCUACACAAAGACAGCACCACAUCCCAGCAAAAGAGAUCGUGUCUGGGAUUUGGAGGAAAGAGGGAGAACCAGUGGACAGAAAUGGCUUUGCACAGAUACUGCUAUGUCUAAUAAGACUAGUUUAUUGCCCUCUAGUGCUUGCCCCCAAAUAUCACCUGACUUUAAGCCUGCUCAGGACUCUACUCAGCAGAGUUCUCCAGCUUUGAUGGCAGAUGGAAAAAUGUCAACUAUUGAUGGCUUUCAGUGUAUUUCUACUGCCAAACAAAAGGCCCCAGGUUUGAUUCCCUUUUCCCCUACUGGACUCCUCCAGAUAUCAGACCGCAAAUCUUCUGAGAUGGAGAAUCCAGUACAUCAUAUGGUGCAAUUAGCAACCUGCAGCCCACCUUUAGCAGCAGAAGAACUUUAUACUACUCCUGAGCUAUUGUUGCAGCAGCAACGCAAGCGCAAGCGCUUUCAGAAUACCUUUGUUGUGCUGCACAGGUCUGGAUUGCUGGAGAUCACCUUGAAAACCAAGGAGCUGAUUCAUCAGAACCAGGUAACCCAGAUUGAACUGGACCGACUGAAGCAGCAAACACAAUUGUUCAUGGAGGCAAUAAAGAGCAAUGCUCCUCAGGCCUGGGCAGAGCUAGAGGCAUCCUUAACAGGGUCAGAUAAAGCUGACAGCAGCCUUGAGGCUUCUCCUACAUAUCCCAACAUGUAGUGCAAAAGAUAUAUAGCUGGUCAAGUGAUUAGAGUGCCUCUCUUCCUCUGUCUCAAGCUUUUACAAGAGCAUUUUCUAAGUUUGAGACUACUUUUAAAACUCAUUCACAAAGCAGCAUGCCAUUAAUAAACUGUCCCAAAUGCCAGUUGGGAGGCAUAGGUAGGAAUUAGUACUGCUUCAUGUGACCUGGAAUUGAGUAACUGUGCUCUUCUUUGGGCCAUGAAGGUGUGAAAGUGCUAUGAUGUGAUGUGUUCCCAUUCUUAUGAUGGAGAACAUUGCAAAUGGCUCUUUCCUGGCAAGCACCUUUUUUCACCCCCUAUCUCCAGACAGCCAAUUCACAGAAUUCACUAGACCUGGUCUAGUGUAGCUGCUUAUGAAUUGAUAGGGAAAGAGGAAACUUGAUGGGUAACAUAGUAUCUCCGGCUUUGUGUUAAUACUCCAAAGACACAAGGUGGCCUUGUGUCAAGGCUCCUUCCCCACUCUGAACUUUAGGGUACAGAUGUGGGGGCCUGCAUGAAAACCUCUAAGCUUCUCUA